AUGAAUACAGGUCUAAUUCGAAGUUUUCGUAGAAGUUUACAUCAGGGGUCUUUCCUUCAUAAUAGACGGAAGACUAGCGUCAUUCUGAACAGUAGUCUGAACAGUAGUCAGAGAAGACAGAAGAAGUAUAUUGAUAUUCCUAACAAUAUGAAAAUUGGGAAUACGUUUUUCCUUCGGUUCAGGUGGAAUAGAUCUUUUUCUUCUCAAAAGAAAGAUGAUGUUGUCAAAGAGACAGGAGAAAGAUACCCUGAUUCAGAUUCAGAUUCAUCUUCAGAUUCAGAUACUUAUACUCAUUCUUAUGAAGAUAAAGAUAAAGAACAAAAUCUAUAUAAAUUAGCUUACAAAUUUAAAAAAGAAAAUCCAGUUGGAAGCUAUAACUACAAAUUAAAAUUGGAAAAAUUGCAAUUAGAAAUAGAAAAUUUAACCACAUAUUUUGAUGAGAAAGAAAUCUUAAAAAAUUCAUCAAUGUCUUUAUUGCAUGUCAUAAUCAAUCCGUCUUUAGAAAGUGCAAAGAAUUAUAUCCUAGGUAAAAGGGGGAAGAAACUGAGUUCUAAAGAUAUAAAUCUCCUAAAGGAAUUAGGAACAUACACAUUAGAAGCAAUAAUUAUACAUGUACUAGCACGAUUGUUUAAAAACGUAAACAAUGAAUAUUCGUCUGUUAGAAUGGCAACCCUGAUCGAUCAGCUGAAUUCAGAAAAUGAAUCUUCCAAUGGUUUGCCCUCCUUUACCAUGGAGGAAAAAACAUGGGAAGAAAUCCAAAAAGAGAAAGAAGCAAGGAAUAAGAAAUUGUUAAGAAUAAAAGUGAAGGAUGCUACUAAGGAAGAAGCUGGGGAAGAAGAAGAUCAGGAUGAAGCUGAGGAAGCUAAGGAUGCAGCUAUUAAUGCAGCUAAGGAAGUAAUAAUUAAAAAACCAAAAAAUCUGUCUCGUUUGUUAAAAAAUCUUGUUGGAGGUUACUUAAACACGCUAUCUAAUGAAUUUAUAAAUCAGUUUUAUUUCUUAACUUCAAAGAACCAUGAUUCCUUCCAUGUCAUUUUAAAAAAUCACCGUAAAAUGUGUAAAGUCUUAAAUCUCCUUCAGAAUUCAGCCUGUGAGAUAAACACAAAGGUCUUGAAUUUCAUUCAAAAGAAUCAUGAUAAAUUAGAAAAGGAGGGUUUUCUUAUGAAUCGAAUCCUUACUGAUGUGAAUAUAAAAGAAGUCUCCGACAUACUUAGGAAUCUAUAUUACCAAAAUAAAGAUCUUAUGAUGAAUGUUAUUUUAUGUGAAAAGUUAGUGAAUACCUUACAUAAAAAUAUUCAGCAAGCUAGGAGUGAAACAUUCAUAAUCAAUCUGGCAUCUGCCUACGACGGUUUGCAAUUUUAUCUUCCAGCCUUCAUUGACUUCCGGGGUAGAAUCUACCGGGCUGGGGUUUUACAUUUUCACGAACGUGCACUAGCUAGAUGUUUGAUACAAUUUUCAGCUAAAAGUAAAAUGGAUGAAAGUGCUUACGAUUCUCAAGCAGAGAAUAUUUUAACAACUUCUGCAGCGUUUAUGUUUAAAAAAUUUAAAACAUUAGAAUGUGCAAAUAAAUGGUGGUCAAAUGCAGUAGAGCAAAUAGGUGAUUCUGACACUCGAUUAAUAGAGUAUAUAAAAAAGGAGAAAGCUAAAUCCCCAUUAUUGUUCAUAUCCAAGUAUCUUUCACUCUCUUAUAAGAAGGACAUAAUUCUUUCAUUACAUAAGAUCCCGUUGAGUCAAGACGCCUCAGCGAGUGCUUAUCAGAUAAUGAGUUAUUUUAUGCUUGAUAAAGAUCUUGCAAUGAAAACGAAUCUGAUUCCCUCAGUUCCUUUAGAUACUGAUAUUCAAGAUUUGUAUAUGUUUUUAAAAGAUGAACUUCUGCAAUACUUAAAAGAAUGGGCGAAUUCAUCUAUAAAGGAAGAUAAACUUAUUCUACAUAAGUAUGUAAGAAUAGCAGAAUUAAUGGAUAGAGACCUCAUUAAAAAACUCUUUAUGCCUAGGAUCUAUGGUAAGACACAAAGAGCUAUGUCAUUAGACAUUUAUAAUGUUUAUAAUGAUAUACUGAGUAAAUUAGACCAAAAUAAGCUUGUUAAAAAAUUUGAUCGUUGUUUGCCUUGGAUAUCAUUAUUCGAUUCAUCUCCAAUGUCGAUCCGAUUAAUACUGUGGCUGGGUUAUUAUCCUGACUUUAUGCCUUUAAUUGUUGAGGUUGACUUAUUUUGUGAGUAUUUCUGCCGUUGGCCGAGAGUCUUGAGUUUAAAAAUGAUAUUUUGUCAGGAAAGUUUCUUUGGCCUAACUGGUAUUAUGACCCAUAUAGUUCAAUGUUAUUGUCCUUGUUGGCCUCAUUGUGUGGAGUAUCACUAUCAAAAUCUUUCGGCUUUUGGCAUUCUGGAAAAGAAUGUGGAAACUGUGUUAGAGAUUGAUCAGUGUAGUAAUACACUAGCAUCUUUCAUUAGGUAG